UCGUGAUCUCGCUCCGAUCUCGCCGCCGAUUCUCUCCGUGACACGGUGCGCGGCGCGCGUUCGCUCCGGCGCCGGGUUAAAGGAGUUUGACAUUUAGCGAAGCGCCGCGGUACCAGCACGGCGAAGCGAUGUUGCUCCUUUCGACGUCGCUGCACACCCCCGGAAUCAAUAAUCGCGUUGCAUAAGCGACGAGAACGUCCGUCGCGAGCGUAACCGCGUGCCCUCGUCCUCGUCGCCGUCAUCGUCAUCCUCAUCGUCGGAUUAUUCGUUCAGUUUCCUGGCACGCGGCCGCCCGAUAUCGAUUGCGUCCGCGUUACUCGGUUCCCGCAGCACCGCCGGAUCAAGGAGAGCUGACCUGUCGUCGUGCAACGAUGUGCACUACACGCCUCGCGAUGCCGUUGGUCCUCCAUUCACUUGGAGGCCAGUGGAGCAGAGACGCCAGAGAAUAAUACGAGCUGUGGUAGCCUUGCGGAAGCGCAACAGUAGUUGGCUUCGGCCAACGGAGGCGACAGGGAUAUCAUGGCGACGAUAGACGGCCGGCCGGCCCAAUAUGGUGUCACGCUUAAGCAACUCCGUGAGCUCAUGGAGCUCCGGGGUCGCGAAGGUGUCAACAAGAUCAAUGGCUACGGUGGUGUGCAGGAGAUUUGUAAAAAGCUGUAUACUUCACCCAAUGAAGGUCUUAGUGGAUCAGCAGCGGACAUACAACAUAGGCGAGAUACAUUUGGUUCCAAUAUGAUACCUCCAAAACCACCAAAAACAUUUUUACAGUUAGUAUGGGAAGCAUUGCAAGAUGUCACGUUAAUCAUCUUAGAAGUAGCAGCAUUGGUUUCAUUAGGUCUUAGCUUUUAUCAUCCUGCUGAUGAUGAGGAAAAAGAAGUUGUGAGUGUAGAUGAGGACGAAGCGAAAUACGGUUGGAUUGAAGGACUCGCUAUUUUGAUUUCUGUAAUUGUGGUGGUCUUAGUGACGGCGUUUAAUGACUAUUCCAAGGAGAGACAGUUUAGAGGUCUUCAAAGUCGGAUAGAAGGAGAACACAAGUUCUCGGUUAUACGGCAAGGAGAAGUGAAACAAAUCUCCGUAUCUGACAUUGUUGUGGGUGACAUUUGUCAGAUAAAAUAUGGAGACCUGUUGCCUGCAGACGGUAUUCUUAUACAAAGCAACGAUCUCAAAGUGGAUGAAUCCAGUCUGACUGGAGAGUCAGAUCAUGUAAAGAAAGGGGAAGCGUUCGAUCCUAUGGUACUUUCAGGUACGCACGUGAUGGAGGGUUCCGGAAAAAUGUUAGUUACUGCAGUAGGUGUUAACUCCCAAGCGGGUAUUAUCUUUACCUUACUGGGUGCUGCUGUUGAUCAACAGGAGCAAGAAAUCAAGAAAAUGAAGAAAGAGGCUAAAAAGCAGCGGAAGAAGAAGUCAUUACCAGGAGAGGAGUCGGUAGAGAUUACCGGGAACAGUCACGUGACGGGAAGCGGCGGCGGAGGCGGUGGAGGUGGCGGCGGUGGCGGUGGCGGUGGCGGCGGUGUCAAGCACGAGGGCGGCGAGAAUCAUCACGCGGCCGCACCCGCGAGCGCCGGGGAGAGCGGGAAGAAAGAAAAGAGUGUUCUGCAAGCCAAGCUAACUAAACUCGCCAUACAGAUCGGUUACGCCGGCUCGACCAUCGCGGUGCUCACAGUCGUCAUUCUAGUCAUACAGUUCUGCGUGACGACCUUCGUCAUAGAGGGCAAGCCGUGGCGAAACACGUACGCCGGUGAUCUGGUGCGGCAUCUGAUCAUCGGUGUCACGGUGCUCGUAGUCGCCGUACCCGAGGGUCUUCCUCUAGCCGUCACCUUGUCGCUCGCUUAUUCCGUCAAGAAAAUGAUGAAGGACAACAAUCUGGUGCGUCACUUGGACGCCUGCGAGACGAUGGGUAACGCCACCGCCAUUUGCUCGGACAAGACCGGCACCCUGACCACGAACCGCAUGACCGUGGUACAGUCAUAUAUAUGUGAGAAGAUGUGCAAGACAACGCCGAAUUUCUCGGACAUACCGAGCCACAUCGGCGAGUUGAUCUUACAGGCCAUCUCCAUCAAUUCGGCGUACACGUCGCGGAUAAUGGAGCCGCCGGACCCUACUGAAUUGCCGUUACAGGUUGGCAACAAAACCGAAUGUGCCUUACUUGGAUUCGUAUUAGCCCUGGGCAAGAAAUAUCAAACUGUGCGGGACGACUAUCCUGAGGAAACCUUUACGCGGGUGUAUACGUUUAAUAGCGUAAGAAAGAGCAUGUCCACCGUUAUCCCUAGAAAGGGUGGUGGAUUCAGGCUCUUCACCAAGGGCGCUUCCGAGAUCAUCAUGAAGAAAUGUGCCUUUAUAUAUGGUCGCGAGGGUCAUCUGGAGACGUUUACCAGAGAUAUGCAAGAGCGUCUAGUAAAGAACGUGAUCGAACCCAUGGCAUGCGACGGGCUGCGUACCAUCUCCAUCGCUUAUCGCGAUUUUGUUCCUGGCAAGGCGGAGAUCAAUCAAGUUCACAUCGACAACGAGCCCAAUUGGGACGACGAGGAUAAUCUAGUGAACAACCUCACCUGCCUGUGCAUCGUCGGUAUCGAGGAUCCGGUACGUCCCGAGGUACCGGACGCGAUCAAAAAAUGCCAAAAGGCCGGCAUCACUGUGCGCAUGGUUACGGGUGACAAUAUAAACACCGCGCGAUCCAUCGCGCUCAAGUGUGGUAUCCUGAAGCCGAACGAAGACUUCCUCAUUCUGGAGGGCAAGGAGUUCAAUCGCAGGAUCAGAGACAGCAACGGCGAGGUGCAGCAACAUUUGCUGGACAAAGUGUGGCCAAAACUACGAGUAUUGGCCAGAUCGUCUCCCACCGACAAGUACACCUUGGUGAAAGGCAUCAUUGACAGCAAGGCGAGCGAGAGUCGCGAGGUCGUGGCGGUAACCGGCGAUGGCACGAACGACGGUCCGGCUUUGAAAAAGGCCGAUGUCGGUUUUGCCAUGGGUAUCGCCGGCACGGACGUCGCCAAGGAAGCGUCCGACAUCAUACUGACGGACGAUAACUUCUCGUCGAUCGUGAAGGCGGUUAUGUGGGGCAGAAACGUCUACGAUAGCAUCGCCAAGUUUCUGCAGUUCCAACUGACCGUCAAUGUGGUCGCCGUGAUCGUCGCUUUCAUCGGUGCUUGUGCCGUGCAGGACUCGCCGCUUAAGGCGGUGCAGAUGUUGUGGGUAAACCUAAUCAUGGACACAUUAGCGUCCCUCGCCUUGGCCACCGAAUUGCCUACGCCCGAUCUACUCCUCCGUAGACCGUACGGUCGCACAAAACCACUCAUUUCCAGGACAAUGAUGAAAAAUAUUCUCGGUCAGGCCUUUUAUCAGUUGGGUGUAAUUUUCUCGCUUCUUUUCGCCGGUGACCUGAUGCUCGACAUCGAUACGGGCCGCGGAGUGGCGGCGGCAGGCGGCGGGCCCACGCAACACUUCACCGUCAUCUUCAACACGUUCGUCAUGAUGACUCUUUUCAACGAAUUCAACGCUAGGAAAAUUCAUGGUCAACGCAAUGUCUUCCAGGGAAUAUUCACCAACCCCAUCUUCUAUACGAUUUGGAUCUGCACGUGUUUCGCGCAAGUGUUUAUCAUACAAUACGGUAAAAUGGCAUUCAGCACCAGAGCGCUCACGUUAGACCAGUGGUUGUGGUGCCUGUUCUUCGGAAUCGGUACGCUAAUAUGGGGCCAAAUAGUUACGACUAUUCCUACACGCCGAAUUCCCAAAAUUCUUUCAUGGGGCCGCGGCCAGCCGGAUGAUAUCGGUGCGAUCAAUCUAGGAGACGAGAAAUUCGACCCCGACUCGGAUAAAAAGCCGCGCGCAGGACAAAUUCUAUGGAUCCGUGGUCUAACACGGCUACAAACACAGCUUCGAGUAAUCAGAGCGUUCAAGUCGACUCUGGAAGAUCUGGAGGAGCGUCGCUCUGUCCAUAGUUUACACAGCUUACACAGUAUGCGCAGUUCACGCAGCCACACCGGGCCCCGACCACUCUCUGACUUCACAUACAUUGACGAAGACCCGACAAACACCACCACCACCACCACCACCGCGCAGAACGCCGCCUACAACAAGUCCUCUAAUAGGAGUGCCGAGCCGAUGAGUCAGGAUUACGAGACAAACUACAGAGGAUCCUCCAGGAUGCAACAGUCCCUCAACAGCCCCGCCUCACCGUUGUUGCUGAGCGUGACCGGGCCGGCCAACGCGUACAAUCAUCAUUACACCAUCACCAAUACCAUCACCGACAAUAGAUCCCCCUCUAGUAACGCCCCUAAUCAACCCCUGAGUCCCAACCACAUGGCGCCGAUGAGCAGCAAUAGAGACAACACUGGGAAUUCCCUGCUUCUGAGUUCCAACAACUUGGUCCUACCGGAGCUGACCAAGCUCGUGCACGAGACCAGCAUCUAAAGACUUUUUCUCUCUUCUCUAUGUAUCGUCUCAUUCCACAACCUCCUUCCAUCCUUCUACAUAUUCUUUGUUCACCGUCUAUUUGCGACUUAGAGCUUUAUCAUUUAACCUCAUUCCCCUUGCCGUUUCUUGCUGUUUGUCUGUCCUUUAAUUUGAUAUCCUUUGUUUCAUUUCCUUCGCCUGUCAUUCUUCUCUCCCUCUACUAUGUAGAGGGACUUGUACAUAUUCUAUCCCUGUAAUCUCUCGCUCUCAUAUCCAUCGUGAGAUCUCGCUCGAUCCUGCGAUCUCGUCUCAUUCGAUCGAUAAAGCGAGGGUAUCAUCGUCCAUGUAAGUGAUAUGGACACACUCUCGUUUCACGCGUUCCCUCUACUUCUUCUCUACUUUCAAGAUACGUCAUCAUUCAUCUCUAUUUUUCCACCAUCUCUCUUUCCGGGAGUGUACUUACCGAACGAUCUUGCUCGUUUCGCCGAGUUCUCUGUCCCCCUUGAUUCUUUCUCUCUUCCGUCGCCCCUCUCUGCCUCUCCGAUAAAAAAAAUUUUUACCACUCGCUCAAUGGGGACGGCGGACCUGAUCUGAUCUCAAAGGGGUCGAAACGCGCCAAUUUGGAGGAUAAUGCCUACCCACACGAAUAAAGCGCGACAUUCGCAAAUCACGUACUCUCGCUAAAAUCGAGAAUGCUGUACUAAGUACUUAAAGCGGACGAGACUGCGGUCGGUGAGAAAGCAAGGAAGAAAUGGUUGCCAAAAUGGAGAGAGAUUUUGCUCCGCGAAUAUCGCGACGGUUUGCGAAUGGCACGUUUUCGUGCAUGGGCUGUACACUAUAUCAGAUGAUAUACAGGGAUCCCGCUUUCUAUUGCUUUUUUUCCCGUACCCCGACUCUGUGUUCAUUGGUGAAAGUACUAUUUUCGCAUUUUAGGGUAACGUUCCGGAGUUCCAUCGUUCAUUGAAUGACGAUGAUACGGGCUGCGACGCGAUUAUCUGCUGUAAAAAAAAAUAACGAAAUAUAAUUUUGAUGUAUCACUUUUGCCGCGUAACUUGCGAAAUACUUCCAAACAUCCCGAAAACAGUUCAUUAAUUAGUUACGCCAUGAUAUUUAAUUACAUUUUUCAUUACAUCAUUUGACAAGAGAUUUUCGUCUCAAGUAUUUAACAUUAGAAGUAGUAACGUUUUUUAUUUAGUAAAAGAC